AUGGACUCACCCCAUGUAAGUCCAAUCCAAAGACCAACCAAGCAUAUCACCGUCUCACCUACCGUUCCCAACAGAUAUUCAAAAGAACAAAUCCUCGCCGUCCGCACCGCUCACCGUAAAGCCGAAACCUGGCAAGAUAAAACAGCCCUCACGAGCGUACGUUUCUUACGUUGGGGCAUGGACCUAGUAUCAGGCUACCGUUCCCAACCAACAACCAGCAACGCUCUAUUCAAGAGUAGCGUCAUGACAGAAGAGAAAUGGAUCAGAAGAUUCAUCUUCCUGGAAAGCGUCGCCGGCGUCCCAGGCAUGGUAGCAGGAAUGCUCCGCCAUUUGAAAAGCAUUCGAAGAAUGAGAAGAGACAAUGGAUGGAUCGAAACCCUCCUCGAAGAAGCCUACAACGAAAGAAUGCACCUCCUAACCUUUCUAAAACUCGCCUCACCCGGACCAUUGAUGCGCCUAAUGGUCCUAGGUGCACAAUGCACCUUCUUCAGCGGCUUCUCACUGGCAUACCUAAUCUCACCACAAAUCUGCCACCGAUUUGUCGGCUACCUAGAAGAAGAAGCAGUGAUAACCUACACCAAAGCAAUCCAGGACCUGGAAGACGGCCAUUUACCCGCUUGGGAAGAACUACAUGCCCCUGCUAUGGCUAUUAAGUAUUGGUCUAUGCCUGAGGGGCAACAGUGUAUGCGGUCGCUUCUUUUGUAUGUACGUGCUGAUGAGGCGAAGCAUCGAGAUGUGAAUCACACGCUUGGAAACUUGGAUCAGGAUGUUGAUCCUAAUCCUUAUUCGGCGAAGUUUCGGGUUCCUGUUAGUGUUAGGGCUGUUGAGAGGGCUAAGAGUGAGAUCGAGAGUGAGAGUGAGAGGGAUGUUGGGGGGUUUGGGGAGCUUGGAGAGUUGAGGGCUGGAGAGAGUCGGAAGGAGGCAUGA